CGGGGCCCAGGUGUGGUUGCCGGCGGCGGCGCCGAGGGACGCGAUGGGCUGCGGCCGCCUCUGCAGAUUCGACGCGCCCCGCGGGCCCCGGCGGCUGAUGCGCACGGGCCUGGCGCUCAUCCUGGUGGGCCACGUGAACCUGCUGCUGGGGGCUGUGCUGCACGGCACCGUCCUGCGGCACGUGGCCAACCCCCGCGGCGCCGUCACGCCAGAGUACACCACAGCCAAUGUCAUCUCCGUGGGCUCGGGGCUGCUGAGCGUUGCCGUGGGACUUGUGGCCCUUCUGGCGUCCAGGAAUCUUCUUCGCCCACGACUGCACUGGGCCCUGCUGGCACUCGCAGGGGUGAACUUGCUCUUGUCAGCUGCCUGCUCCUUGGGCCUCCUCCUUGCCGUGACCCUGACCGUGGCUAAUGGUGGCCGCCGUCUCAUUGCUGACUGCCACCCGGGACUGCUGGAUCCUUUGGUACCGCUGGACCAGGGGCCUGGACAUGUUGACUGCCCUUUUGACCCCACAAGAAUUUAUGAUACAGCCUUGGCUCUUUGGAUCCCUUCUUUGGUCAUGUCUGCAGUGGAGGCAGCUCUGUCUGGUUACUGCUGUGUGGCUGCACUCACUCUAUGUGGAGUCGGGCCCUGCAGGAAGGAAGGGCUACAGGGACAGCUGGAGGAACUGACAGAGUUUGAACUGCCUAGAUGUAAAAGGCAGGAAAAUGAGCACCUGCUGGAUCAAAUUCCAGAAACCCAGGCCUCACAGAAGAGUUGGGCUUAGGACAGGUGCUGUUCCAGAGUCUCAGUUCAUAAGCGUUUUCCUUUAAACAAGGGGAAUAUAAACAGUUGUAAUAAAGGAACUUCUCUCUCC